AUGGCCAGCCCCGCCCCUCCGUCCUCGCCGGGUGUGAACGGCGUGGUCACUUCCGACGACCGCAACGAUACCGUCCUCUUCACUGACCUCUCCGUCGAAGAACGCCUAUCCCGUCUUGAGGCUCUCUCCGCUGAGCACGCCGCCACCCUCCGGGGUGUGGAGUCCGAGUUUAGCUCCCUCCGGGGCAACCUUGCUACCGCUAUGGGAGGCCUGUUCCACGCCCUUGAUACGGUAGACCGCCGUUCCCUCCGCCAAGUCACCGAGUUUCGUACAUCCUUCGCCGAAUUCCGCCGCCUCGCCGACGAGGCCCAGCGUUCCACGAUUCACUCCGUCCGCUCCCUCGCCGCUCGCGUUCACGCCGUCCGCGAGACACUUGAUGCUUUAUCCGUGUCGUCCGCGAGCUCGACGACUUCCAGGUCGAUGCCUACGCCCGCCUGA